AUGCUUCCUCUGCAUCUGAAAGAUGAUGGCGCUUCAACAACCCGGAGGCAGGCUGUCGCCGAGCCCUCGAGUGCUCGUGUUGUCUCGAAACCAGUCCCAAAGGCCGAGUUAGAAGAUCCCCGCGGCUACCAGCUUGGGCAGGUCCAAAAGCGCUACUCACCAAAAGAAACCAUCACUUCAAACGGCGGCACAUCGCUUGCUUUCAAGAUGACCCCAUCAGACCCAGAUUUUCCCUUUGAAUUGGCACAUCUCCAUUGCGAUUUACUUGUGCCUAAGGAGUACCCCGCGAAAAGGCCUGUGCUGCGAGUCACCAACAAGGAUAUUCCCAGGGGCUUCAGUAUCAAUGUCGAAAAGGGAUGGGAUAAGCUUGCAGAAGAGAAAAAAGGGUUCACGCUGCUGUCCUUAAUCAAUGCUUUAGACAAGAAUCUGGAAACUUUCUUGUCUGAGCAAAAGGUCGAAACAGUCAAACUUGUCACUUUCAAGGAUACGAGGCAUCUCGAGCAAGAGCGCGAAAAUAAAGGGGCAGCCUCCACGUCAAAAGAUAUCGUUCAGCCAGUCGCUGCAUUCAAAAACCCACCACCCAAACCUUACGUCCCGGACAAGAGACAUUCUAGGGAGGAGAUUGCUGUUGCCAAGGAACGGCGAGCGCAAGAAGUGCGCCAGCUCGAGGCUCGCAUGGGGAGGCUGCCUCUCUACCGUCGCUCUGCGGAUGGAGUUGUCUUCACUCUACCCUUGGAGCCGAAGAAGAAGGCAGACCUACCCGACGGCCUUCGUUCCGUCAACAACAUCCAUCUCAUCGUCCCUCUGCUCUAUCCACUCCAAGAUAUUCGAGUCCAGCUCAAUGAAGCCGACGCCAAGGACGCUGAACCAGUCGAAGACUUGUUCGUUCAAAGGGCAGCCGGCCAGAAGCAGAUCAAUCUCAUGGGUCACGUCAACUACCUUGCACAGAAUCUGCAUCUCCUAGCCAAAAUGGCACAGUUGAACGCGGCAAAGGCUGAGAUUCCCCAACCGCAGGAGACCAGUCUCGAGCAGACAAAGGAAGAAGAUUCUACCGGCGAUUCUGGCACAGAGAAGAGCCAUAUCCAGUACAUUCCACGACCUCCAGAAUGGACCAAUGAAAACGAUAGCGGAAGCUCCGAGGAAGAGGAAACCAGCAGUUCUGAUGACGGCGGCGCAGAGCUAGAAAAUGGAGAGGAGAAGUCGUCUAUUGCUACGUUGGAUGCACCCGAACAUGGAACCAUGAUAUCAUUCCCGUCUAUUGAGCUUCAUGGACUUGAGCUCCUGCAGGUUUCCCUUCUCAGUCUGACAAUCAAGUGCGACCGCUGUCGCACUCUAAACGACUUGACUGGAAUCAAGCCUGGCAUUGAGAAGACCGGCAGCUGCAAGAAAUGUGCAGCUGCAUUUUCUGCCAAGUAUAAUCCCCAAUACGUCCACGAGCAUUCUUCCAGAGCCGGCUUUAUCGAUCUCUCUGGCUGUAAAGUUGCCGACAUGCUGCCGAGUACAUUUGUGCCCACGUGCGAACGCUGCUCCACGCCCAGCCACGGGCUCGUCUCGGUACGCGGCGAGACCAUGACGAAUGUGUGCCGCGAGUGCCAUUCCAAGUUUACUUUUAAAAUCCCAGACGUCAAGUUUCUGUUCAUUACACCAGGCACGCUACCGCCGCCGACGUCGGGCCCCAAGCGCAAGACGGAGAAGCUUGGUCUGCACGCUGGCGAGCCGCUGCCGAAUCGCGGUGCAUGCACACACUACCGCAAAUCGUACCGCUGGUUCCGCUUCUCGUGCUGCAACAAGGUCUUUUCGUGCGAUCGAUGCCACGAAGAAGCCGAAGAUCACCCCAACGAGUGGGCCAACCGCAUGAUAUGCGGCUGGUGCAGCCGUGAGCAGAAUUAUGCCGUGGACGAAUGCAAGUUUUGCGGCCGAGGCGUCAUUGGAAAAAAGGGUAGAGGCUUCUGGGAGGGUGGCAAGGGAACAAGGGACCAGCGCAUGAUGAGCAGGAAAGAUCCUCGCAAAUUCAAGCGUAUUGGUACUCAACCCGGUGCCAAGAAGUCGUGA